AUGGGAUCCAAGUUGCCAAUCGGAACUUUUGUCUAUGCGUCCGCACCUGCAAGAAUUGACCUCGCCGGCGGGUGGACUGACACUAUCCCCAUCACACAUGAGCAUGGAGGGAAGGUUGUCAACGUAGCCGUCCAAGUGAACAAUCGCGCGCCGUACACGGUCAAAGCUCGUCGAACAGAAGCCCUGAUACUAUCGCUGUCGUAUGACCCAAACAUCCCUUCACAGCACUUCCACUCAAUCGAACAAAUCCGCGAUCAUGCAGACCCUUUGGUCCCCGGCGCACUCCUGAAAGCCUGUCUCGUCGAGUCGGGGAUCCUCGGAAUCACUGCCAUGCGCCAUGAUGGGGACCAUAAGACCAUGGCCGAGGCAUUGAAACAUUCGGGUGGUGGUCUUGAUCUCGAAAUUCGUUCCUCCUUGCCCGUUGGGUCCGGCAUGGGAACGAGCAGUAUUUUGAUUGCAGCGAUUCUGGCUGUUCUGAAGACCCUAAUGGGAACCCCCUACACGAACGAUGAUCUCUUUUAUGAGACCCUCGAUGUCGAACAAAUGAUGAACAUUGGCGGUGGUUGGCAGGACCAAGUAGGAGGGAUCAUGCCCGGAUUCAAAGUGUCGACCUGUGAACUCGACCUCCCCAUUCAGCUGAAGACAAACACGAUCGAGGUUCCAGAGGAAUUCAUCACAACCUUCAACUCACGCCUACUCCUCAUCUACACCGGCAAGACGCGUCUUGCCAAGAACCUCCUCCAAACCGUCCUCAUGAACUGGGCCGGCCAGGAACCAGAUGUAGUUGAUACUAUGCAUCGCUUGGUGGCUGAUGCCACCCAAUGCGAGGAUGCUCUCCGUCAAGGCGACUUGAAGACAAUGGGAACAGUACUCACCCGUUACUUUGCCGACAAGCGCUAUCUCUCAGAAACUACCCUCUCCCACCCACCCAUCAUCGCCCACCUCCUCUCCUACCUCUCUCCGUACCUCGAAGGCUUCUCCCUCGCCGGCGCAGGUGGGGGAGGGUUUCUAGCGGCGAUUCUUAAGCCUGGGCUGGAGAAGGAUCAUGUUGUAAGGGAGGUUAGGGAGGCUAUGGCGCUGGAUAGGAAAGGGGAAGAGGAGGAGGUGGUGGAUGGGGAUUCCAUGUGGGGUUGGAGUGCGACUGUUGAUCGACAAGGGCUCGUCGUUCAAGUCGGUUCUCCUUGCUACUAA